UGCGCACUGGGAGCCCUCAUUGUGCCCCGCAGCUGCCGAGCCACCCGCCCGCCGCCAGUUCGGCGCGUCAGUCGGCGAAGAGUCCAGUGGUGGGUGCGGAUCUUGAGAUCGUUCCUGCGGCCUCCUCUUCCUCCCCGUUCCCCUCACCCCUACCCCACACCCUUUUCCUUCUUCCCAGCCCCGUCACCUUCCCGUCCCCCACACUCAAGACAAGAAUGCCCUGCCCGGAACAACCUAGCAGCGCCUAGAUGGCUUUGGUCACGGUCCAGCGGUCGCCUACCCCCAGCACCACCUCCAGCCCCUGCGCUUCGAGCUCUCAUUUGGAAGACAGUGAAUCAGCAGUGAUACUUUGCUGUGAAUGUGAAGAAUCAGAAAUCUUUAGUGAUUUCAAUGAGGCAGACAGUGGGGAGGAGGAAUGCCGGUCACAGCCCAGAAGUAUCAGCGAGAGCUUUUUAACUGUCAAAGGUGCUGCACUUUUUCUACCACGGGGAAAUGGCUCGUCCACACCGAGAAUCAGCCACAGACGUAACAAGCAUGCAGGUGAUCUCCAACAGCAUCUCCAAGCAAUGUUCAUAUUACUUCGCCCAGAAGACAACAUCAGGCUGGCUGUAAGACUGGAAAGUACUUAUCAAAAUAGAACACGCUAUAUGGUAGUGGUUUCAACUAAUGGUAGACAAGACACUGAAGAAAGCAUCGUCCUAGGAAUGGAUUUCUCUUCUAAUGACAGUAGCACUUGUACCAUGGGCUUAGUCCUGCCUCUCUGGAGUGACACCCUCAUUCAUUUGGAUGGUGAUGGUGGGUUCAGCGUAUCAACAGAUAACAGAGUUCAUAUAUUCAAACCUGUAUCUGUGCAGGCAAUGUGGUCUGCACUACAGAGUUUACACAAAGCUUGUGAAGUCGCCAGAAUGCAUAACUAUUACCCAGGCAGCCUAUUUCUUACCUGGGUGAGUUAUUAUGAGAGCCAUAUCAACUCAGAUCAGUCCUCAGUCAAUGAAUGGAAUGCUAUGCAGGAUGUGCAGUCCCAUCGGCCCGACUCUCCGGCUCUCUUCACAGACAUACCAACAGAACGUGAGCGAACAGAAAGGCUAAUUAAAACCAAGUUAAGGGAGAUUAUGAUGCAGAAAGAUUUGGAGAACAUCACCUCCAAAGAGAUACGAACAGAGUUGGAAAUGCAAAUGGUGUGCAACUUGCGGGAAUUCAAGGAAUUUAUAGAUAAUGAAAUGAUAGUAAUCCUUGGUCAAAUGGAUAGUCCUACACAGAUAUUUGAGCAUGUGUUUCUGGGCUCAGAGUGGAAUGCUUCCAACUUAGAAGACUUACAGAACCGAGGGGUGCGGUAUAUCUUGAAUGUCACUCGAGAGAUAGAUAACUUCUUCCCAGGAGUCUUUGAGUAUCAUAACAUCCGGGUAUAUGAUGAAGAAGCAACGGAUCUCCUGGCUUACUGGAAUGAUACUUACAAAUUCAUCUCUAAAGCAAAGAAACAUGGGUCUAAAUGUCUUGUGCACUGCAAGAUGGGGGUGAGUCGCUCAGCCUCCACCGUGAUUGCCUAUGCAAUGAAAGAAUAUGGCUGGAAUCUGGACCGAGCCUAUGACUAUGUGAAGGAGAGACGAACAGUGACCAAGCCCAACCCCAGCUUCAUGAGACAAUUAGAAGAGUACCAGGGGAUCUUACUGGCAAGCAAACAACGACAUAACAAACUCUGGAGAUCUCAUUCAGACAGCGACCUCUCAGACCACCAUGAACCCAUCUGCAAACCUGGACUAGAACUCAACAAGAAGGAGAUCACCACCUCAGCAGACCAGAUUGCUGAGGUAAAGACCUUGGAGAGUAACCCAUCCAUACCUCCUGUCUUUGUGGAACAUGUGGUCCCACAAGAUACCAAAGAAAGAAUGAUCUGCUUGGAAUUUACUUCUAGGGAAUUUCAUGCUGGACAAAUUGAAGAUGAAUUAAACUUAAAUGAUAUCAACGGAUGUUCAUCAGGGUUUUGUCUCAAUGAAUCAAAAUUCCCUCUUGACAACUGCCAUGCAUCCAAAGCCUUAAUUCAACCUGGGCAGGUCCCAGAAAUGGCCAACAAGUUCCCAGAUUUAACAGUGGAAGAUCUGGAGACAGAUGCACUGAAAGCAGACAUAAACGUCCACUUACUGCCUAUGGAAGAGUUGACAUCUGGACUGAAAGACCUCCCCAUGUCUCCUGAUCCUGAGUCACCAAGCCCCCAGCCUAGCUGCCAGGCUGAAAUUUCAGAUUUCAGUACAGAUCGCAUUGAUUUUUUUAGUGCCCUAGAGAAGUUUGUAGAGCUCUCUCAAGAAACUCGGUCUCGAUCUUUUUCCCACUCAAGGAUGGAGGAGCUAGGUGGAGGAAGGAGUGAGAGCUGUCGACUGUCAGUGGUAGAAGUACCCCCUUCUGAAGCGACCACUGAUGACCAGAGAAGUAGCUCUUUGAGUAAUACUCCCCAUGCAUCGGAAGAAUCUUCAAUGGAUGAAGAACAGUCUAAGGCAAUCUCAGAACUGAUCAGCCCAGACAUCUUCAUACAUUCUCAUUCAGAAAAUUCAAUUUCAGUCAAAGAAAUUGUCACUGAAAUUGAAUCCAUCAGUCAAGGAGUUGGGCAGAUGCAGCUGAAAGGAGACAUGGUAUCCAACCCAUGUCAUACACCAAAGAAAAGCACCAUCCAUGAGCUGUCCCUUGAGAGAACCCAGGCCCCAGAAAAUAAACCUGGGCAUAUGGAGCAGGAUGAAGGUUUCUGCCCAGCCCAGCCUGAACUAGCCAAAGACUCGGGGAAGUGCAACCCAGAAGACUGCCUAACCACACACUCAUCCACAGUAGACUUGGAAGAAGAGGAACCAACUGAAGGAGAACAUGAGCUGUGGGGCCCAGGCAUGCAUUCAGGUGCCAAGUGGUGCCCUGGGUCUGUGAGGCGAGCCACCCUGGAGUUUGAAGAGCGUUUACGGCAGGAGCAGGACCACCACAGUCCUGCCCCUGUGUGUACCUCAAUGUCUACUCGCAAGAAUUCUAAGAAUGAUUCUUCUGUGGCAGACCUAGCACCAAAAGGGAAAAAUGAUGAAGCCACAGAAUAUUCAUUUGCCCCCAAGGAACCAGAAGUGAGCAAGGGCAAAGGGAAAUGCAGUAAGUCUGAGGCUGGCUCACUAUCCCAAUGUGAGCAGAAUGCCACUGUUCCAGCACUUGAGCUGCUGGAGUAUCACCCCUUGGCAGCAACUCAGGAGUACCCAAGGUUAGAUAUUAGAACAAAGCAAGGAGUCCCAGAGGAGCAAGGGACUGUAGUUCCAUGCCAGGGGUCUGAGACGCAGGACAUCCUUCUUCCCAAAAGGAUAGAAAUCAUUGAAUAUACUCACACAGUUACAUCACUCAGUCACACUGGGUCAGGGGGUGAAAGAGCCACAAGCAAAGAGAAGGGGGACCAAGGACUGAGGAAGGUAAAAGUAGAGAAGUCUGUCACUAUGCUGUGUGCACUGGAUGAAAAUCUGAAUAGGACUCUGGACCCCAGCCAGCUUUCUCUGCACCCCCAAAUGCUACCUCUGCUUCAUUCCUCUCCAGAGCAAGAUAGGCCCACCAACCCAACCUCCAUGUUGAGCAGCCCUGAAGACAGAGACAACAGCCCAUUGACAGCCCUGGAAACAACAGCACCUUUUAUCAGUCAUACAACCCACAUACUACCUGCCAACUUCGAUUAUCUGCAUCCCCAGACCAUCGUUCACCUGGAAGGCUGCACAGAGCAAAGUAGCACAACAGACAGUGAGCCCUCUGCAGAACAAGUCAGCUGGGAAGAAAGUCAGAAGGGCCAUCUCUCUGGUGGUGAUGAAGCACCACACAAGGGCUCCCAGUUAAACUGCAAAGACCUAAAUUUAAUUAGCAAACUUGAUGACAACAUUGGGGAGUUACAGAAAAAACUGGACCCAUCACAGGUAGCCUGGAGACUCCCACAUAGCUCUAGUAGUGAAAAUAUAAAGGGUCUCAGCCACAGCCCUGGUGUGGUAAAGGAGCGUGCUAAAGAAAUUGAGUCCCGAGUGAUUUUCCAGGUAAGGAUCCCCAAACCAUCCCAAAUGAGGCGCUCAGCUUCUCUCGCCAAGUUAGGUUACCUGGACCUCUGUAAAGACUGUUUACCAGAGAGAGAGUCUGUCUCCUCUGAAUCCCCUCAUCUCAAAGUGCUUCAGCCCUUCAUCAGAACAGAUUCAGGCAUGCAUGCCAUGGAGGCCCAGGCACCCCCAGAAAACCUAGAUGCCACCCAGAACACAGAGCCCACUAAAUAUUUUGUAGAACCACUCAAAACAACAGAGUGUAUUGCCCAGAGCAAACCAGUGGAGAGGCCCCUUGUGCAGUAUGCCAAAGAAUUUGGUUAUAGUCAGCAGUGUUUGCUCCCCAGGGUGAGACGAGAAUUGACUAGUUCUGAAGGAGGCCUUCCUUUGCUACAGACCCAGGGACUGCAGGAUGCAGGCCCAGCUCCAGGGCUGGCCAUGGCACCCCGUCAGCAACACGGCAGAACUCACCCCCUUAGAAGACUUCGGACAAAUGAUAAAAAACGGACAACCAACCCCUUCUAUAACACCAUGUGAUUCUGAGCCUAUUACAUGUGAUUUUUCUAAAAGAAAUGUAUGUAAAGGGGGCAGGUGUAAUAUGUAAGGAACAUGCACUUUAUUGGUUAAUUUUGUAAUAUUUUGGUCAUUUUACUGUUCCUGGCGCAUGCAGGGUUUGGGUUUUUCAGUGUGUACGUGUACAUGUAUGUGUGUGUGUAUAUGUGAGGACGGAGAGAUUGAGUUGGAUGGCAGGACCAUUUUAUCAUUGUUUAUUUUUUUAAAAUUCAAACCUCAAAAAAAACCUCAUUUUCAAAGAACACCUUUAUCAAGGCAAAUUGCUGUUUCUCAGUCAGCUGCCACCUGCUCCUCAUUUUGCUCUCAGAAAAGGCACGCUUGCUUGAUUGAGAGAAAGAAGCAGAUGGAGGGGGUGGCACUGAGGCUGCAAAUUAGAAAUGCCCCCCUAGGCCUUUGUGAUGACAGUUUCCAGACCUCAGGCAUCAGAUGAACUCAAGGACAGCCAGGACUUCAGAGUGUUCUUGGCCUUCUUUUUCAGCCCUAGUCCUUUGGAGUUCCUGAAAAAGAUAUGUUCUGCUUUGCUUUACAAGAGGGUCUUGUACAAUUCAUUUCUUCUGAUAUUGUAGAUUAUAUUAUUACAGAAAGGCAUGAUAAUAGCUGGCUCUGUAAAUUUAUCAAGCAAAUUUUUUAUCCUCAAGAAAAUUUUUUAAAUUAAAAGGAACACCAAAUUAAAGCUAAGAGGUCUUCUGUGGAGGAAAGCAUGAUGGGAGGAGAGUAGAGAGGCCACUGCCCAGUAACUUCUGGGUUGGUGGCUUCCACACAGAUGACCAUCCUGGGCCUCCCUUGCCAGAAAAUGUGCUCUGCAAGUGUCUCCCCAACUAAAAUGAAGUCGGGUCAAGUUUGAAAAGCAGCAAUCAAUAGUCAAUGUGUUCUUGUAAAAUGAAUACAUAUGUAGGGUUUUUAAACCCUUUCCAUUACUUGAAUAAUUCUGUGGGCCUUCUGAGUUGAAUGGCCAUAUUUUUUCCCAAUUUGUUUUCCUCUCCCUUACUGUAUCCCCCCCAUCCUGCCUGUUUCUUAAUUUCAUAGAUUAUAUUUGAAUUGUUACAUUACAUAUGUAUAACCUUCAUCAAAUGCAAAGUUUUCUGUAUUAUCACUGUUUAACACUUGACAUAGGGGUUUUUUUUCCUUUCUUUCCCUGAAAGUUGGGUCAUUUCUCCAAAGUAUACACAGUAUUUAUGUACAUAAUGUCACUUUCUUACAAUGUUCUGUUGUUGAUGUUGUGGGGUCCUUUUUGAUUUAUUCUUUUCAAGAAGGAAUAGAAAUGCAACUGGAAAACACAUAAAGACACCAGAAAUAAAACUGGUAGUUGUGGAUAGGAAUCUGCACCAUAUAUUGAUGGUGAUUUUGUUUAAAUGGAGAUUUCUAAUUGCUGGCUUCUGCCAAAUUAUGCAUUAGUACUUCCUCCUCAGAGAAACCCCUCAAGGUUCCCAUUAAAUCACAGUGUGACUAAAGGCUGAUUCCUGUUUGAGACUAAAAGCCUAGAAUAUUAUUUGCCAGUAGAUGAACCAGAGCCAGAAAGUGUAUAUGCAUUGCCCAGAGCGGAAGCUCCUAAUGGAGGCUGAGAGGCCACAAGGGAGGUCUCUGCCAAGGGCAAAUGCCCAUAAUAACUACGUUUAGGAUGUGUUGCUUUGUGGCUAUGGAGAUCUUUAACACAGGAGCAUCUGCCAUAAACAAGCCUCCAAGCUUCUUACAAAAAGCAUAUUUAGCCUGGGAUGAAACACCUACUACAGCUCAUCAGAACUGAAGAAGUUUGCAAAUUUGCUUCCUGUUUGCUGUGGUUGAUGUCUACAUUGCUGAGGGUUGACUGAGUACAAACUUGAGACUUAGGUUUUUGGUUCAUCACAGCAUUGAGAGGAAGAGAUACAUGCACAGAACGUGAAGGUGAUGUCACAGGCCAGAGUCUGGAGGGAACAGACAGUUGGGCAACCAAAAGGAUACAGAAAAGGUGAACUGAGCCUAUUUGCAGGUGCCCCAGAGGAGCUAAAGAUCCAAUUGCCACAUGGAAGCCAUGGUUGGGUCUGACAUCACUGCCAGGAGGCAGGUUGGAAAGAAACCACCUGCUAAAAGUCUUUAUGGUGUAAUAAUUAUGUAUAUCUGUGCUGUCCUUGAAUGUCCAAAUGUAUCAUCGACACAGAUUUGUGAUUCCUGGAUAUUUAUGUGUUGUAAAGUGUUUUGUUGGGUUGUAUAUAUGCCAGUAUGAGGAGGCUUGUCAAACAGGAUGAUGAAUUCCAGGGCUCAUCCAUCUAAACCACCCUGUCUUGUUGGAGCAAUUCCACUAGCAUUGUGAUGGGGAAAGGACAAGAAAUUGUGGCAGGAGGGCCGGGGAUUUAGCUCAGUGGUUUCACCGCCUGCUGUGCAAGCACAAGGACUGGAGUUCGAUCUCCAGUACCAAAAAAAAAAAAGAAAGAAAGAAAUUGUGGCAGGAGUGUAGGAGAGGAUUUGCAUGGAGGUCAGGAGAGUGGCACCAGUAUCCCACAUAUUAAGAAGUAGAAGAAGUAGAAGUAUCAACAGUGUGGCACUGUUCCCUCUCAUCUGCCACUGUGUUUAAUGCUCACUCUCACUGCAUUUAAUAGCAGUGAAGAAGGGGAGGAAAUGCUCUAAUGCUGUGAAAAACACAAACUACUUUUUUUGAAGAAUAGAGGAUUCAAUCUUGUUCUGCCUUCCUUUUUUUAAAUUAUAUUUUAUAAUUUAACUGACCUGCCUAAGUAAACAUCUUCUACAUAGACCCUGUAAUAUAACCAUGCCAAGGGAUUUGCCAGCCCUCUAAAACCCCACACUCUUGAGUGUUCUUGAGUUCUGGCUGAGCAACAUCCAAGGGAGGUGCAGAAUAAGCUAGUGAGGACUUUUUAGACUUUCUUCUCUUCAAACUUAUUGAUAAUUUUCAUGUGGCUUGCUUCGCAUUUCUGCUCAUGGAAAACCCAAACCUCAAACAGUAGGUUUGAUAAGUUAGCAGAGAUGAGCAGGAAAAUCUUUGACCUCUUGUCCAGUACUUCACUUCUUGCCCAGUUCCUGUACGUUUUUCUUAAAAGAACACCAUAGUCUUUCAAUAACUCUGGAGGGGAGAGAAAGAGAGGAGAGCAUGUAUACAAAGAGUUGACAUUUCAGUGCAUGGGUUAAAAAGCCCCCAGGAGCACACAGGAUUGGAGCUGUAAUCUGGAUGGUUACCUGGUCAGUAGGACAGAAUCUCCCCCGCCUUUUUGCUUUUUGGAAACUCUUAGGUGUAUGCUGUAGUAGACAUACUGUGCUAUAGUAUGGUAGUAUUCAUCUCUCAUUUUGGUUGCUUUUCAGAUUCUAUUUAGAAUAUUUGUUUUGAAUCAUUUCUAGCUUCUCAACCUCUGUAGACUAUUUAGUCUUUUCCUGCUUUUGACCAAAAUAGCAUUUUCUCUUCUCAUUUUGGGAACUGCCAAGAGCUCUAAGGACAGCCUGAUGAUGAUAGCCUAGACUCUAAGGUCCCCUCCUGCUCAUGGCUCCAGACAGAUGCUGUCAAGUAGACCCAAAGCUUCCUGUGAGAAUCUUCUGAGGCAGGAGCUCACAGAAGUCUUCAUUUGAGGAUUUCAUCCUGAAGUAAUCUAGGCAUGUUUGAUAAAAAUGUUUUGUGGGAAUUUUUUUUUCCUAAGAAAGCAUUAUGCAAAAAGUCACUUUUAAGGGCAUUUUAAAAUUAAGCCAGUUUUUGGCUUUUUCAGAUAACUAUGUGUGGAUACUUUGUUUACAUUGUGAAUAUUAAAAUAUGCAUCAUCUUGCUGGCCACUCAGUCCUCCAGGCACCAAGGCCCUGACUGUCCUGUGAAUCCUCACACAGAGCAAUGCCAUAAUGUCAGCUCUUAUGGAUAAGUGGUAAAACCUGGAGCUGACUCCCAUCUGUGUCCUGCGCUCUCAUCUAAUAUUCUCUAUAGAAUAGUAGUCAUUUCCUCAGUGAUGCUGUGUCUUAAUAGUGAUGGUUGCAAUGGUGAAAGGCUAGUAUGGUUUUUGUUUAAUUUUGUUUUGUUUUUCUUUUUGGUGAAAUUUUAGUUAUUUCAGCACCAAUCCAACUUGAAAGCAUUGUGGAUUUUGUUUUCCCUCUCAAACUAAAAGAUCAAGGCAUGUAUUACAUAUAAGUGUAUUUGUUGCCUCAACUCACCUGACACCAUAUUAGGAAAAGACCUGCCACUGAAGCAGGAGGCUGCACACUCCUAACCUUUCUCCCAGAGCUUGGGGUCCCUUGACACAGUGGAGAGCUUUUGCAAGGUGCUUCUGUACUUUUCCAUCCUGGAAAUGGGUGACUGGGCCUGGCUUCUGCUAUGAAAAGAGAACCAGCCUCAUUUUCUCAAUGCCCCAGAGAUCUAGGACAGGAUUUCUAAACUGGAAUCAUCAUCAUCCCUUAUCAGCCUAAAGAUCCCCCAAGAGAUAACUGCUGCCACCUGUGUUCUCACAGCAAUGCUGGUGGCAGCACCUUCUGUACAUAUGCAGCAUAUGCAGAGCUGAUACUCAGGGCUUCACUCAAGGUGAUGACCUGAACUGAAAACUGGGAAAUGCUCUGAAAUAUUUCCUAAUCAAUAAGCCCACCAAGAAGUGUUUGAUUUUUAUAUUUUGUUGGAUUUUGGUUUGCUUGGCAUAGCUAAAGGUGCCUUUUUUGUUUUGUUUUCUGCUUUAUUUUGUAGGACUUGUUCUAAACAUAAAAACAAGUCCAGAAGACUCUCCCACUGACUGUUACCUUUGCCCUAGGUUACCCUCAACUUUUAUGCUCACAUUUUCUUAAAUAAAGCAGGUGCUCCCUGGAAUCUCUGGGACCUUUUUGAGGCAUUUGAAGUAGAAUAUAAAGAGUGGUCUCAUCUCCUUCCUUAAUCUUCCUGGUGGUUGGGAUGUUCCACUUGUAUCAUAGUUUUUUUAUUACUGAUGUGCUCUGCUGUUUUUAAAUGUGAACUUGUGUGCAAAUGUGCAGAUGCAAUGUUCUUGUUACAGAUUGAAUAAAUUUUUAUUUUGAAGAUGAAA